AUGUUUUUCUGUCCUCUUUCAACUUCGCAGACCUCACGAAUACUGCGACACGCAACCGUGAAGAUCCACAGAGCCAACAAUGCAUUUAUCUAUCUCCUCUCCCCCCUACGGUGAGUCUCCUGGCUAUCCACAGAUCUGUUACUGCCUUCAUGCCCACUUUAUUGUCCUAGGCUGUCACAACUUCUCUAACGUUUGUCCUAUGAAGUUUCCAGUGCUCCGCGGCAUGCACUGCAGGCACCGGAACUCAUAAGACAUUGUCGGCUGCGUUUAUUUGCCGCUCUGAUGAGCCUGAUACCCAACCCUAAGAUCUUAUGUGCACGAAAAGCGCGCAGUCUUCAGCCAAAGAUCUUUCCAGUCGCCUCUGCCGAACCCGGAAAAUCGCAGCCGCGAGGGUCUGAGGCCUGGGAACCAUCCCAUUUGGGAGCUAAAUUUGGCAAGUGGGGGUUUUCGACCAUUUAUCCACAGGCGUAUGAUUCAGUAUGAUGAUGGUAGUGGACGAAUGGGAUAUCCGCAUAGUUUGGGCAGAGUUUGACAAUGACACCCGUAGGACUCAAGAAAGCACUCCUUAUAAGCAUAGGUAAGGACGGAUUGGGACAGCGCUCGAGAUGGACCUGGUCUUUUCUUGGCCAAGUCAAGCGAGAUAGUUUUUAGGGAUCCUUUUGGAAACUCGACUAGCCUUUCAACCUGCAGAACCUGCUCCACAGUAACCAGAAAAAGUACGGGUGCACAUGGAUAGGGUCUGCAAGGGCGGCCUGUCUCUGCCUCCCCUGGCGAGGACGCGGACAACUUCGUGCCAGGCUACGCAUGAGGCAGACUCGAACUUCAAUGUUCGGUCUCUGUCUGUUUUUCCUAGUUAUGCCAUCGGUGUACCCGUUGUCUCUUGAGAAAUUUUGUUUUGAGCGGGACAUACUCAGAAAACCUUUCGUUCGUUGUCAGUUGACUGAGCACCGAUAAGCCAAAAUCUAGCUAGGUUUUCUCUAACUGCCUCUUGUGCCUGACUAUCGACAUUUCAAUCAAAAGUUCAUUUCCUUGGGAUUUCUUGGCUGAAGUACGUUUUUUCAAGUCUGUUAGUCAGAUGCUUGGUAACAUAUAAACAGUGAGGUCGGGUACUAGGUUGUCACCGUUUCCAUCCGGUAAUGAUAUUUCGGCUCGUGAUCGGCAAUGCGUCGAUUCGUAUUUAAAUUUCCCACAAGGCGUCUGAUUUGAAUCUAGAUAUCAUGCCCUCGUAGUAUAGUCGUUUGGAGACGACAGAUUCCCCUGAAAUUACAAUUGAUAUUUCUUUCUACGUACAUUCCUAUUGUUUCUAUUCGCAUACUUGUGACAUUGUUACUGCGCAGUCAAACUACAGUUAUGCUUCAUUAUUCAGUUUCCUAACUUCCGAUCGACUUCAGAGGGACGACUUAUGAAGUCUGUAAGGUUUCCGAUUACUUGCUGUAAAAGAUGUCGGCAAGUAUUUUAGAUGCUGUCUCCUUUGUUGGUAUCCUUCUGGGGUUUUUUUACUCUUUGGUAAAUGGGAAACUGUUCCCUGUCUUGACUUGACUAGACCGAAGAUUGUAUGUCCAUUAACGGUGUCGCACUUGCCGAAACAAUCGAAAAUGCGAGCGCUGGAAGCAGUUGAGAAGUAGACGCGAUCGCUGAAACAAGGGCCUUAUUCGCCUGACGUUUCGGUUCCAUGCUCGAACCCAUCGUCAAAGACAGCAUCAGAUACUGCACACCUAUUCAAACUAACGGCUCCCCCCUUCAGCGAAGAGAAUUACCCUUAGUGCGAUAAUUGCUUCAUGGCCGGAAUUUGGACUGACGAGACCAAAAUUUUCACGAUAUGACAAUCGCGUGAGCCAUCUUCAAUGAAGGGGGAGCCGUUACUUUUGUUACGAAAAUGGGGGCAUAGCGAUUGCAACAUGGUAUACAUUAACUGCCCACAUCUGAUGCCGCCUCUGAUGACGGGUUCGAAACGUCAGGCGAAUAAAGCUCUUGUCCCAACGAUCGCGUUCAUACUCAUGCGUAUGUCUGGCAGACCUUCUUCGAAAUAUAAAUGCAAGUGUUUUUCCAUCCUCUUUUCUGGGUGUGCGUCGCGGGUGGUUAGCCACGCCGAUCGCAAUUUAAACCAAAGCAGAUUUCCAGAUUCAUUUGUUCUGAGAGAUUAGUGGUGGGUCUGGGUUGCUCCAUUCACACAAGACUAAUUCGUUUCCUGAUCAGCACACGCCGGCCAGUAAUGGACGAUGGAGCCGUACUGAGAGCUGUUAAAUUGGCUUUCCUGCCUUUCAUUUGCAGUUGGUAGGACCUGGUGCGGCGUCAUGUUGACUCAAUUUGCGGUGGGUGUAUUCACUACAGUUUCGCCUUCCUGGGCUAGAUGUCAGGAAAACAUUGUUCACUGAACAGCCCUUGUCGAGUCGCUGUCCACAAGUGGUUAAUAGCAGACGCUAACGACAGCAAAUUGCCGGUUUGACCCUGCAGUGGCCUGUGAAAGCUAAUCAUCCAAUUAAUUAAUGAGUGAACCCACGUCAAUCGAGUCACCGGUGCUGAAUACAAGUGCAGCGACGGAGGCAUGUUGCUGCCGUGGGGGGAGGGGGGCUGGUAAAUUUGACCCGAAUUUGUAGUGCUGACUCGCCUGAGCAACAAUGCUCACGGUCCCAUGGAAAUAUACCCUUACACAUAAAAAAACUGUAGAACUAAACAAGGUAUCAGAAAGUAGGCGAACCUACGGACAUUCGAUUGACCCCGGUGUGAUGAAAGUUACUUUGUGCGGCCACCUGUUUCCUCCUUUCUCCGUCUGCUCGAGCUAACAGUGGUCAGUCGCAUUUCCAUGAACCGAGUGUUUAACAUUCCCUGCGACCUUUUCGCCUCAACUAUUCAGUCCUAUUUGUGGAGGAUAGAAGUUACGUCUUAGCCCUCAUGUUUACCUGCUACUGUUCUCCCUUACCCAGUUCCGUCAGUCUGGAUCGCUGCCGAGGUUCCACCAUCGUCUUGGGCCCCAUCGAGAACACUCUUUUUAUCAGCGGCUGUGAGGGCUGUCUGGUGAUUGCUGCGGCCCGACGCGUAGUACUGGCCGGUAGCCGCUGCUGCACCCUCAACAUAGCCACACCCACGCGACCGGUCCUGCUGCAACCUGCCUUUGGCGCCUGCGGUGGUGGGGGCGGUAGUGGUGGCAGCGGCAGCGGCGGCGGCAGUGCUGGCUCCUUCCCCGCCUGUCCCAGCCCCUCCUCCCUGUUCUCCAGGUCAUCGCCCAUUGUGCCGCUGGGAAACGAGGACAUCAUGUUCGGCCCCUACAACACCACCUACCCAGAACUUGCUAAGCACUUGGACAGGGUUUGCCUUGCCCCCUCGGUCAACCUCUGGGAUGAGCCCCUUAUACUCGGUGAGUUGGUUGUUUUAUGCCUAUAUUCCAUGAAUCACUUUUUUGCAGUGCUCAGGCUUCUGGCUGAAACGGACAAGAAGAUGUUCUUUCCCGCGAAUUCAUUAGAGGCUACGUAUCUCAAGAAGGUUGUCUAAUGAUGGUGGGGAAGGAGGGAUGCGAGCUGUGGGAAGUGGCGCUUAUUAGUCUGAACUUCGGGACUUCUUAAAAGUAGGGGAAAAACAAUGGGCUGAACACCUUAAGAGCGAUAUGCCUCAACUCCCCGUAGAUAGCCGUGGCGGUGGUCACCACAGCCAACUUCGUAGUGCUUGAUAGGUUGGGACCUGCGCAUCGGUUGGUCGAUUCACUGACAUAUCCGCACGUCUUGACCACCUCUCGAGCCACCUUGCUUCCACCGCAUCCAGCAUGGGAUCAAAAUUAAGGACGUGGUUUUGUUGUAGGCUGCAAGCAUUCACGAAAGAUAGUGGACUAUGUCGAACGGCCAUUUUAUAUUCGCUUCAUCUGGUCUCAUAUUCUCGCCUCGCCUCCCCACCGUUGACUUGUGCAGUUGUAGAGGCAGUCAAUUCAUGGAAUGUAGCGGUCAACACUUAACUGCUCUCCUAUAUUUAGUUGGUUGGUUCGUAUAACGUGGUCGCCGGCCGAUGUACAGCGCGGACGAUGAGUUCUGUGGCCAGGGAGCACCUCAGAUUUCAUAUCCCGGGUCCUGUCUCUCUGUCACUGUAAAUCACUUACGUCAGACGAGGUCAUAGAUAACUGGUGAUUCAGGUUCGAAUUUGACCGUCCCCGCUGAGUUGAUCGCUCUGGCAGCACGUAUCAUUCAGCUUUGCCUCGUUAAUAUAGCGGUUGGGACAUUGUAAUUCGAUCGUCUCAAGCGGCGGGAGCUACCAGUUUCCUGGUGAGGUGUGGUGGAGACUUGUGCGUGCACUCGCUUAUUAUGAAGUAGACUUACGCAGCAUACACCUCACUACACUCUCUCCUCACCCGACAGUUCGACCGUCGUUGUCGACGAUACCCAAAAUGCGUUCCAUAGCGAGGUAAGAGUCGACACGGUGACUUGCGCGUGAUUUAAUUUAUAAUUGAUGUGGACUUGCGCAACAUCUACCGCACUCUCUCUUCCCCACUCCCCACCUGGACCCGGCGUCAAAACAGUCAAGAAAACGGGAUGAUGACUGUUGGAGCUCCUGGAAGCGGUUAACCGAUCAUGGUGUGAUGGAUUCGCACCAUAUGCGAUUCGAAUGUAUGUUGGAAAUGAAGACAGGCAGGAACCGGAUCCAUAUUUCUGACCGGAGGACUAAUGCUUGUGGUAGAGAUGGCAGUGGAGGAGUUUCCCAGUGUGGGAUUUGGGUCGGCCGUUGCGGCAUUGCAAUCACAGUCAUGUAUGCUCAUAUGACCAAAAGAUUCAUCCAAUGUCUGCAUUUCCUAGAGCGGUGUAAGCAGUUGUGGCGGGUGUGUGUUGGAGUCCCUGGCACUGGUUCUUAAGUCGCGGUGUCAUAGAUUCCCACUCACGGUAGUUUGCUCACCAUUACCGACUUUGGCGAUCUUCUUUGCGAGAACGAUGCAUGACUAGCAAGUGCUUUUUUGUCUGCGUACAUAAGCUCCAAGUGCCGUGCGGCGACGAUAUGAGCUUGAAUUUUCGGUGACAGUUGAUUGGUCGCCUUCCUGAGUGUGCGUACGACCCCAUGAACCCAUGCGACGACUGAAUGUUGCGCUGUGGUGGGGUUGUGGAAGACUUGUGUGACAGGUGUUGACCGGAGCUCCAAGCACUGGUUCGCCAGUCACGCUGUGACGAAUUCAUAAGCGUCCGAGCCGGCGGAUACAUGUGCUAUCGCAGUGAGGACAACUGGAAGUUUGCUCGUGUGGCAUUCGAGACUUCUCUCGAUAAAGCUUGGCGCAGGUCGGAAAUGGUCAUCCCAGUCUCCCUCGUCUUCUCUGUUGAUACUUUUGUACUAUGCAUAUCUUGCUGAUGGCUCACUGUCCUACUUCUCAGAACAUUACUUGAAAUAACUUACCAGCUCGGUGUUGAACCACGAAACGAGAUUUUUAAGGAUGAGUUCCGACUGAAUUUCUAACAUGUCGCAACUGCAGUCGCCUUAAACGUCAGCACCCAGAGUUUACGAACGCCGAUAUGGAGAUGAGUGAAGGGCAGGUCAUAUUAAUUGUUUAUGUCACCAAUUCUUUUCCAACUAGAGAAAACUACCUCACAGGUUGGAAAGAGUGUACAUUUGCCGAAGGUAUUUCGUGUAUGUAAACUGGUACGGUCAUUUCAAAAGAUUUUUAUCGUGCAUUUCUUGGGUGGUUCUGUCUGUCAGUAACUAUUCUUCAGUGCCUCCGCCUUUAUCCUAUUUGUCGAUAGAUUUCGAUAUGACUAAAUCGUAACGGGAACAGGCAAUUUAGGCAACCUGGUUAUGGCAAUCAGGAAGUCGCUCUCCUCUCCCGUCAGACGUCCGGCGCUACCUGGAUACCUAAAUCUUUCCUCUGGUAGAUUACUAUUCUGUACUAGCAGACUCCAUCCGAUUUUCGACGCGUGCUUAUCUCUGGCUUUGGUCUCGCUCCUUUUCAGGUCACGAGUCCACCCGCAGUGAAUGCAGUUGGUCUACUAAGACCCCGACCUCGGGAAACUCUGUGUGGAACCUCUUGCCUCCCCAGGACUUCUACCCCUUCAACAUUCCUAUGGUCGUGAUCAGUGAGGAUCAAAGAGAGCAACGGCAAUCCGAGGACCAUGGCGCACCACCUCACGGGCGAACUCUCAGCAAGCAACUGCCCAUUGAAAGCCUGAAUGACCUCAGUCGAGCCCUGGUCUCCUGUCCUAACUCACCCCGUCGCUC